GAGAUUGUCAGUUUUGUGGAGGGGGCGUGUGCCUGGAAUGUACUGUCUGAUAGUGACGUAGACGCUUAUUUUGCCAUGUAUAACUUACUGUCUGAUCAAAAUAAUUCAGGAUAAGGACCUGUGUGUUGGCGUAAUGUCUGACGAAGAGGUACCCUCCACUUCCCGCGAUGCCAAGCAAGAGUCGGAGGAGGAUGAACCACCCUUCCAACUGAAGCCUCCACCCAAGUCAACAGUGAAAGAGGGCACUGUGGACCCUGAGUAUGAAGAGAAGAGGAAAACGGACCGGGCGAACCGCUUUGAGUUCCUGCUGAAGCAGACAGAACUCUUUGCCCACUUCAUCCAGCCGGCCUCCCAGAAAUCCCCCACCUCACCCCUGACAGUGCGCGUGGGUCGACCCCGCAUCAAGCAGGAUGAGAAGCAGGACCUGCUGUCUGUGGGCGAUAACCGUCACCGCCGCACAGAACAGGAGGAGGACGAGGAGCUGCUGUCGGAGAGCCGCAAGGCUGCAAACGUGCUUGUGCGCUUUGAGGAGUCCCCUUCAUAUGUGAAAAAUGGAGCUUUGAGAGAUUACCAGACCCGAGGCCUGAACUGGAUGAUCUCUCUCUAUGAAAAUGGUAUCAAUGGUAUCCUGGCUGAUGAGAUGGGUUUGGGAAAGACUCUGCAGACCAUAGCCUUGCUGGGCUAUCUGAAACACUAUCGCAACAUCCCUGGCCCCCACAUGGUGUUGGUGCCCAAGUCUACCCUGCACAACUGGAUGAACGAGUUCAAGCGCUGGGUCCCCACUCUGAAAGCCGUCUGCCUUAUCGGAGACAAAGACGCUAGGGCGGCGUUCAUCCGUGACGUGAUGAUGCCGGGGGAGUGGGACGUGUGUGUGACCUCCUAUGAGAUGGUGAUCCGGGAGAAGUCCGUCUUCAAGAAGUUCAACUGGAGAUACCUGGUGAUCGAUGAGGCUCACAGGAUAAAGAAUGAGAAGUCAAAGCUGUCGGAGAUUGUGCGUGAGUUCAAGACAACCAAUCGGCUUCUUCUGACCGGCACGCCCCUUCAGAACAACCUCCAUGAGCUCUGGUCUCUGCUCAACUUCCUGCUCCCAGAUGUCUUCAACUCUGCUAAUGACUUUGACUCUUGGUUUGACACUAAUAACUGUCUGGGUGAUCAGAAGCUGGUGGAGAGACUGCAUGCAGUUCUGAGGCCGUUCCUUUUGAGAAGGAUCAAAGCGGACGUUGAGAAAAGUCUUCCGGCAAAGAGGGAGGUAAAGAUUUACCUGGGACUCAGCAAAAUGCAGCGUGAGUGGUACACCCGCAUUCUCAUGAAGGACAUCGACAUCCUCAACUCGUCCGGUAAGAUGGACAAGAUGCGUCUGCUGAACAUCCUGAUGCAGCUGCGUAAGUGCUGCAACCACCCCUACCUGUUUGACGGGGCGGAGCCGGGGCCCCCCUACACCACAGACACCCACCUGGUCACCAACAGCGGCAAGAUGCUCGCCCUCGACAAGCUGCUCCCCAAAGUGAAGGAACAAGGGUCCAGAGUGCUGAUUUUCAGUCAGAUGACACGUGUGUUGGACAUCCUGGAGGACUUCUGCAUGUGGAAGGGUUAUGAGUACUGCAGACUGGAUGGAAACACUCCUCAUGAAGCCAGAGAACAAGCCAUCGAGACGUUCAAUGCCCCCAACAGCAGCAAGUUCAUCUUCAUGCUGAGCACCCGUGCCGGGGGCCUGGGCAUCAACCUGGCCACAGCCGACGUGGUUAUCCUCUACGACUCUGACUGGAACCCUCAGGUGGACCUGCAGGCUAUGGACCGUGCUCACCGUAUCGGCCAGAAGAAGGCGGUGCGUGUGUUCAGGCUGAUAACAGACAACACUGUGGAGGAGAGGAUUGUAGAGAGAGCAGAGAUGAAGCUGCGUCUCGACUCCAUCGUCAUACAGCAAGGGCGUCUGAUAGACCAGCAGUCCAAUAAGCUGGCUAAAGAUGAGAUGCUGCAGAUCAUCAGACAUGGAGCCACACACGUGUUUGCCUCGAAAGACAGCGAGCUCACUGAAGAAGACAUCGACUCGAUCCUGGAGAGAGGAGCCAAGAAGACAGCGGAGAUGAAUGAACGAAUGGAGACGCUGGGCGAGAGUUCUCUGAGGAACUUCACCAUGGAUACGGGAGCGGAGACCAGCCUGUACAACUUUGAAGGCGAAGAUUAUCGUGAAAAACAAAAGCUGAGCAUGAUGGAGUGGAUCGAGCCUCCUAAGCGGGAGCGCAAGGCUAACUAUGCUGUGGACGCCUACUUCAGAGAAGCCCUGCGAGUCAGUGAACCCCGGACACCCAAGGCUCCCCGGCCCCCUAAGCAGCCCAACAUCCAGGACUUUCAGUUCUUCCCUCCACGCCUCUUUGAGCUGUUGGAGAUGGAGAUCCUCUUCUACAGGAAGACCAUUGGAUAUAAGGUGCCCAGAACUCCAGACAUCCCCAAUGCAGCCCAGGUCCAAAAGGAGGAGCAGUGCAAAAUCGACGAAGCCGAACCUCUUUCACCGGAGGAGACAGAGGAGAAGGAGAAAUUACUCACACAGGGAUUCACUAGUUGGAACAAGCGUGACUUCAAUCAGUUCAUCAAAGCCAAUGAGAAGUACGGGCGUGAUGACAUAGACAACAUCGCUCGAGAAGUUGAGGGCAAGACUCCCGAAGAGGUCAUAGAAUACUCUGCAGUCUUUUGGGAGCGCUGUAACGAGCUGCAGGACAUUGAGAAGCUCAUGGCCCAGAUCGAGAGGGGAGAGGCUCGCAUCCAGAGACGGAUCAGCAUCAAGAGAGCCCUGGACACUAAGAUAGCGCGGUACAAGGCUCCGUUCCACCAGCUGCGCAUCCAGUACGGCACCAACAAGGGCAAGAACUACACGGAGGAGGAGGACCGCUUCCUCAUCUGCAUGCUCCACAAGAUGGGCUUUGACAAGGAGUACGUGUACGAGGAGCUCAGGCAGUGUGUGCGCAACGCGCCGCAGUUCCGAUUCGACUGGUUCAUCAAGUCCAGGACUGCUAUGGAGCUCCAGAGGCGCUGUAACACGCUCAUCUCCCUGAUAGAGAAGGAGAACAUGGAGAUAGAGGAGAAGGAGAGAGCGGAGAAGAAGAAGAGAGCACCAAAGGGACAAAGUACCCACAAACGGAAAGCAGAGCAAGACUCUUCAGCACGGAAGGAGAAGAGAGCCCGCACCUGACGGGUCAGGGUCAGGGUGCUCUGGAGUAUUAUGACUCAUUCACACACACUUACCAACCAGUCCACUCGCUCGCAUUUCCGAUAAUCCCAUUUUCUGUGCAUGAAAUGUAUGCAAAAAAAAAAAAGGAAAAAAAAGAAUAAAACCAAACAAGUAGGUGUGCUUGGCUUGAUGUUCACCUGGGAGGUUGUGAGUUUGAGCCCCCCCCCCCCCUUGAGACCCCCCAGCCCCUCCCCCUUGAGACCCAUGGCAGACUGUGACAUCAUAAAGACUUCAUUGUGAUUGUGUGCGGUCGAAGCUGAAUCUCUGAGCCAAUGAGAUGCUGUGGUUGUGAUGUAACAUACUCAUGACGGAUGGAUAUGUGUUAAGCCCCUUUUCUGAGCGCGUUGCAUUUACAGUGUGCUACUACUCAUAUCUUUCUCAUGAAACUCUGCGCUAGCAUAAACUCCCUGAUAAGAAAAAAUCAAACAAAAUGGAUCUGAGCAAUCAUUUCGCCACGAUUGGCGCCUAUGCCGACUGCAAGGCCUCUGAUUUGUACGGGGUUUUUCUUUCCCACUCUUUUUAUAGCCGUUUGAUGCACUUUGAAGAAAAACAAGAAGUUAAAAAAUUUAAUCUGAUGUCUUAUUGAUUUGGCAUGCGGAAAAAAGAAAAGGCAGUUUUAUGUCUGUUUGUUGUGUUUCUGUGUUUGCCUGAUAAGCUGUUACGUACUUCAUCUUGUAUUACCCACAUGACUUUUGCACAUAUCUCAAGCGUUUUUCUACAUUUCAUUGAAAGGGUCAUAUAAGCUUUUUACAUAUUCAUAUUUUAAUCUUUUCAUGGUUUCCCCCUUUGUAUGUAUUAGCUCCGUGCUAUUAAAUAAAACCAAAAUUGAUUCUUAAUGGCUUUUGGCGUAUAUGUCAGGAAAAUACACAAAAAAAAAAAAAAAAACAUUUCCGUCAGAGCAUAAUUUUGAAUAUCUGCUUGUGUUACUCAGAUGGUAGACUCUUAGCAUCUGAUGGUAUAGCCAUCUUGUCUCUCUUUGCAGAUAAAGGAAAUGUCCUGUUGUAAGAACAGAUCCUGUAUUGAUUCCCUCUGUGUCUCAGGAACACCAUUAUCCUGCCGAGGAAGCUGUGUUGAGUCCAGUCUUGUGGCCUCGUCUCUCUCUGAAUAAUGAAAUGUAGCACGUGCAUUAACAUACAUGCUGCCUCUUCCGCAGGGGGACUGCUAUGCUCAUGAAAUGAUUUAACACAUUAACAAGUCUGUGUUAGCAGAUCUUGUGAAGUUCCACACAUUACGCUAAAUGAUGCAGAAGCCCCAUUACCAACAUUUAGUCUUUUCUUUUAUUAACCGGCCACAUGGGGGAGCUUUAAGUCUAUCGUAAUCCUUUGCCUGAACUGUCCUAGUGGUUCUCUAUGUCCUUGUGACACGCUGAUUUUGUUCAUUUGGCUUUAAAUCAUUUUUGCUUGUUAAAAUUACAGUGUAGUGGGAACUAAACUAAUACAAGCCUCAUACAACCCAUCCGUGUAAAUCACUGAAGAGGGUGUCACCAACCUGUCAUGUCCUUAUGCCCUCAUAAAUGCCCUUAUAUGUAUUUCCUCUAAAUCCAAAUGUAUUAUCAUCCUGUAGACAUAACAAGAUAAAUAUGUUGAAAAGG